AUGCUCAACGUUAUGGAUUUCUCCUGCCCGGAUCCGCUUUACUCCAAGUACGAGGAGAGCUGCGAGAUGAAAAGCGGAGACCUGCAGGGCUUGGGGCAGCCCGAGCAGCAACUUCUGGCAGAGGCCGAUUUCCUCGGAGGUGAGCUGCUGGGCGCCCCCGGCAGCGGCGGGGCCGUGGAUUGCUCCCUGCUGGGCAGCCAGCCCUCCCCUUCCCUCAGCUACACCGGCAGCUUCUUCAUCAAGGCGGUACCGGAGCACCCGCAGGACCAGGAGUCCCUCUUCAACCUGAUGUCGGGCAUCCUGGGCAUCUCCCCCUUCGCCUCCUCCGAGGGCCACCAGCGGCACCUGGACGCUCUUUACCCGUGCGCCGAGGCGGCUCAGAGCCAGCUGGAGCUCUUCCCGUCGUGCCAGCCCGAGAUGAGCGGCUCCGGCGCCUUCCCCGAGCCGGGCUACGGCGCCUUCCCCGCGGCCGAGGGCGCUCAGCCGCUGCCGGCGCAGCCCGCGCUGGCAAACGCCUCCCAGUGCUUCUUCCAGCCCAAGCUCCUGGACGGCAAGCAGGACGCCAAGCUGCCGCCCGGCUCCCCGCCGCUGGACAAGUUCAAGGCCCCGUGCGCGCAGUGGGAGCCCGUGUCCCAGCAGCACCAGGCCUACCUGCCCGCCGCCUUCCGCUCCCCCGAGGGCUUCGCGCCCGCCGACGGCGCCCAGGGGCUCUUCCACCCGCUGCCCUCCAAGAUGGAGAGCGUCCUGCCCGCGGGCUGCCAGCCGGAGCUGGGCGGCCUGGCCGAGGACGCCGCCUGCUUUGGAGCCCACCUGGGCUUCGGCUGCGAGCCCCAAAGCUUCGCGGCCCGCGGGGGCUUCGCCGACGCCAAGCUCCACGACGUCCCCGCGCCCUUAAUGCCGGACUUCGACGCCUCCUUGGCGCAGGCCGAGGUGCUGCCGGGCCUGAUGAGCUCCGCCGAGCUCCUGCACCCUCACCCCUCUCCUUCCGUGCCCCCCGCGGACUUUCUGGGCCGCCCCGCGUCCUCCUCGCUGCCGUCGCUGCUGCCCGCCGACCCUCCGGCGCUGGCCGAGCCCAAGAAGAAGGCGCGCCGGAGCAAGUGCUCCUCCAAGUGCUUCUGCCCCAAGCCCCACGAGAAGGCGUUCGCCUGCCCGGUGGAGAACUGCGUCCGCAGCUUCGCCCGCUCCGACGAGCUCAACCGGCACCUGCGCAUCCACACGGGCCACAAGCCCUUCCAGUGCCGCAUCUGCCUGCGCAACUUCAGCCGCAGCGACCACCUCACCACCCACAUCCGCACCCACACGGGCGAGAAGCCCUUCUCCUGCGACACCUGCGGCCGCCGCUUCGCCCGCAGCGACGAGAAGAAGCGCCACAGCAAAGUGCACCUCAAGCAGAAAGCCCGGACCGAGGAGAAGCUCAAGGGCUUGGGGUUCUUCUCCGUGGGGCUCUCCUUCGGGACACUCUGAGGCUCCCGCCUGAGCGCGGCUGGCGGCGUUUCCCGAGGUCCCCCCGAGCGUCUCGCGGGAGAGCCGGGGUGGGAAUUCCCUCCUGGGUGGCUCCGGAGAGGAGAGGCGGCGGAGGAGCCCAGCCGGGCCCCGCAGAGCCCCGCGGGAGGAGAGGCGAUGC